AUGGGGAUUACGAUGGUUGACUGUUUGAAUAAUGUCAUGGUUAGACAAUUUAUGUGUGCAACUCAACUCGCAGCAAUCGACUUCAAAAAUAUAUCAAAAGAAGUUGAUUUUAUAUUAAUGAUCCUGUCACAUCCAAUGUUGCAGAAAUACCCACUGAAAACUCUGUACAUCACUAGGUUUUUGAAAGCAAUUAUUAUUCAAAUGGAAAAUAAUGGAAACGAAUUGUGUGAUGACUUAUAUUUAAAGUAUGUUGAACUCAUCCAAAAUGAAUCUAAUGAAGGACCUUUUUACAAACACUAUAUACUUGGUAAUAAUAUUAGCAACGAGUUAACCGAGUCUGUCAUAACCAUCCAAGAAAGUACCAGUAUCGUUUCGCAAGGAACUACAGGACUCUGCACGUGGCAGGCAGGUAUAGCACUAAGCUGUUGGUGUUUGAAAAAUCAAGAUAUACUCAAAGAUAAAUUCAUCAUCGAGUUGGGUUGUGGAACUGGGUUGAGUGGAAUAAGCGCGUGUUUAAAUUGUAGUCCAAGCGAAUAUUGGUUUACAGACUGUCACUCAGCAGUUUUAAACACCUUAAAACACAAUAUACAAAUUAAUGAAACACAUCAUAAAUUCAAUUGUAAAUAUGAUACUAUUCAACUAUCUUGGAAUGAUAUAGAGGAUUUAAAAAUGUUUGAAAAGAAAAAACCCGAUUUAGUUCUAGCAGCUGAUGUGAUAUUUGAUGAUACAAUGUUUGAACCAUUAUGUAGUACGUUGAAAUAUUUUACAAACAAUAUUACAACCGAAAUAAUACUGUUUUGUACAUUGAGAAAUUCUGAGACUUAUACAAAAUUCCUUGCAACUCUAAAAAAGUACGACCUACAUUUUGCACAAAGUGUCUUACCUGACAAUUACUCAAUUGUGUUACAACAAAAUUGUCCAAUAUAUAUAAUACGUGUACAACAAAAUGCAAUCAUGUCUUAA